AUGCGACGAUACAUUCGGACAGGGCCACCAGAUGACAUGGGCAAUGGCUUCUGCUCAGUUUGCAACUCCAUCGACUUCGGCGAGAUAGCAGCUAUUGACGUGGCCGGACCCGAACCUUAUGACAGAAGUGAAUUUGGUCUUCGUGGAUACAGAACCGUGUUCGAUCUCUCGACACUAGGACAGGAUCCAACGUCUGGAUGCCCAAUGUGUGCCUUGUUCUGCUUGGCCCGAGACUACGUCUAUGGUGGAAAAAGGACUACAGGCCUGAGUCUAGUGCGAAGGGCAUCUGCUUAUGCCCUGCCCGUGGACUUGGCACUCGUAGGCAAAUACGAAGAUGGCACAGGACAUUGGGAUGCUUACCCGUACAGACUGACCUUUUGGCCGUCUUCGGAGUCGACCACACCCAGACUGACAUGCGGGAACUUCAAAGUGAAAUACGAAUGGAUUUUGUCUCAAAUACAGGUGUGUGUGGACCAACAUAAUCACACCUCGCCAGACGAAACCAUACCAAACCUACUCCUCAUCGAUUGUCGCAAUCUGAAAGUUAUUGAUGCACCCAGAAAGCCUGAAUAUCUUGCGCUCAGCUACGUCUGGGGUCGCGACCAUCCUGCCGGUACAAACGACCCGCAACCGCUCAACAUUGACGGCUUCGGCGGCGUGGUAACAUGGACAAUUGCAGACGCAAUCCGGCUAACUCAGGGCUUAGGAAAGCGCUAUCUUUGGGUGGACUAUUAUUGCAUCCGGCAGAAUCAACCGGACCACGUGAAACAGCAGUUGCAACUGAUGGGGCAAAUCUUUGCUGGUGCUUGGGCUACGAUUGUCGCGCUUGGGAGCAACAACAGAGUUCCCUUGCCUGGUGUGUCGGUCGAUCGACGAGCUCCAUCGUUCACGACGGUUCCCUCUGGCGGCGUGAUUCUUAUGGAUCACGACACCCAAUAUCAUUACAGGAUUGAACAGAGUGCAUGGAAUACGCGAGCUUGGUGUUAUCAAGAGAAAGUCAUCUCCACCCGACGGAUCUACUGCUGCGACAACGAAGUUCUUAUUGACUGUGCCAAGGCAAUGGUGCCUGAAACACUGGGACUUGGUGACGGCCAGUUGCGUCUGAGGAACUAUAAAGACUUACGCCCAGAUUUCCCUUCGGCAGUGGACGACUACAGUAGAAGGAAAUUGACCAACCAGAUGGACGCCAUCGAUGCCUUUCGGGGUUACCUUGCGACAAUCGAUCAAAGGACCUAUUGGGGCGUACCGAUCCAUUGCCCGUCUGAGUCUGCAUCCCACGACGAAACUGAAGAGACGGGAUUUUGCGUGGGCCUUCUGUGGCACCAUGUGACAUCGAGCAUGAAUCGCCAGGAGGCGAGGAGUAAAGCCGCCGAACUCCAGCCUCCGGUCCAGGAUGAUAAAUUCCCUUCCUGGACGUGGGUUUCUUGCCGCUGGCGUGUUCACCCUUUCGCGAUCUUUAGGGACUCCGACAAAUAUCAUUUCGUCCGACAUUGCGAUAUUUUUGUGGAAUCUAGCUUGGGUCAGCCCAUACGGUGUUCUGAUCUAUUCAUGCCGCACAGCGAAGACUCUUCGAUGGUGGCCGAGCAAUCAAAGUACCUCCAACUUCAAGCUCCCUUGUUAUCAUACAGACUGCUGGAUCCAAAGCGAGCUUCAAAAUACAGCGACUACAAGCUGAUGCCGUGGUUACACCUUUGCAGCCUUGACUUGGCCAUUUUUCAAGAUAUUGGAAAGUUCAGAAGAAUAUGCUUCUAUCCCGACUUUGGACGCAUCGGCUCUCAGACCCUUGCAUCCUUCCCGGAGACGGGCAAAGCGCUUUUCAUUGCAACAAUCAGGAACGGUGGACGGUCCACCUGGGAGGACAGCUUCUGUUUCCUCGCUUUGGAGAAGAAGCAAGAUCACUGGCGAAGAGUCGGCAUCAUCAUCGCCCUCGCGUAUGAGUAUCAUUCGAUCGUGUUCAAACAGGAUACCAAAGGUCACGUUGAUCACACAAGAGAUCUGAAGGUCAUCCGUGCGUGCGAGUCACAGGCCGCUGCGAUCGAGGAAGGUCUGGAAGACUUGUGGUUGGAGGCAGAAGCGGCUAGACAGUUCGCGCUGUCCAAAAUCGAGGCGGUCUCCAAGGAGGCGCUGGCUGAGAUUCACCAACUUCCAUUGGAUACUAUCCGGUUGGGCUAA